AGCCAAACCAAUAUGGUUUAGGAUCGCGGUCACUCCAAAAUUAGUACAAAUUGGCAACAUCCAUAUUUACUUGAACAUUAAAUGCAGAAAGUAAAUUCUCAUAGCCAUGCAGUCUACUAAAUCAUAAUAUGAUACGCAAAUAUCGAAGAGGGUACACACUUCACUUACUCCACCAUCCUUAAUUCCCCACCUUCCCAUUCCCAAAUCAACGAUGAAAUCCCACCGCCGUUUAAGUCUGCCGGAGAAUCCAGUCAACUUUAUAAAAAUCAUUCUCUCCGACGAUACUCACUCCAUAGGCAUCAGGAUGCCUAAGAAGUUUACAGAGAAUCAUGGAAAGGAUCUGUUGGAAAGAGUGAUACUGAAGGUACCAAACGGUGACGUUUGGCGAGUUGACUUACAGAAGUCAGGGGACGAGAUUUGGCUUAAAAAUGGUUGGUGGGAAUUUGCAGAGCAUUACAGUUUGAAGUAUGGGCAUUUAUUGAUGUUCAAAUAUGAAGGUUUUUCAAUAUUUGGUGUGAUUGUAUUCGAUACAAGUGCAACGGAGAUAGUUUAUCCCCCUAUGAAGAAAGAUCCACUCAGAAACUCUACAAAAGAUGUGGCAAGAAACCAUCCACAAGAAGUCAAACUUACUAAACCGAAGACUGUAAAAUUAGAAGAGGAGACAUGUUCAUCGAGUGAAGAUGAAAAAACUAGAAUCAAGAUUAAUGUUGGAGGUGGAUGUUUAAGGAAGAGGAGGGAGGACGGAAGAAGGGCAGUUGAAAGAGCUAAAGCUAAUUUCAAAAGCCAUAAACAUUUCUUCAUUGCAUAUAUCCAACAAUCAUAUGUUACUGCAUCAAGAGGACUGCCUGUAGGAGUUGAGUUCAGGAAGAAGCGUUGGAGGGGACGCAAGAAGCAUAGAAAAUAUUUGCUUAAACUUGUGAAUGAUGAUGGAAGGCCAAAAACAUGGGAGGUUAUUGCAGAUGAUACUCGCUUACAUGGUGCUGGUUGGGUGGAAUUUGUCAAGGACAAUGGUAUUACAUUUGGGGACAUAUGUGUUUUCGAGCUAAUCCAUGAACACCAAAAUGUACUUGGUGUUACCAUCCUUAAAUGUUCUCCCUAAAUUCUUCUGUUUUCAUUCGUUUUUAUCAACAUGAUGGAAUUACUCUUUUGAGGUAAUGAAAGAUAGGAUUGUUUUGUAUCGGGAUAAAACUAAACUGAGUGAUUUAAUAAUUUUGGAUUUUACCAUAUGGUUUGUAUAUUGGAA